GGGAGAGGCCGAGCUCGACGUUUGCAGGAAGGAGCCGCCGGCCUAAUCCGGAUUCUUCCUCCGAGGGGACUUCAAGACCAGUCACUAACUGAAGAUGUCUGCCCAGUUCAGAGAAUUUGCUGAGGACAAAGUGAAGCAAUAUAUUAACAACAACUUAUCCAGGUUCCUGCGCAUCCAAGUGAAGCAAAUGAUCCAUCUGCAGUGUUUCACUGAUGCAGACAGGCAAGAGAUCAGAGCGACCUGUGAUCGGGAGGGAAACAACCAGGCGGUGUUCAUUUUCUUUCAAUGCUUGUGCUGCAGGCAAGGAUGGGUGCCUCUGUUUAUAGGUGCUCUCAGGGAAGGACACAUGGGGGACCUGGCUGACAAGCUCCAAGGCAUUUAUGACCAUUACCUGCUCCCGUCGCCAGGGACCUUGCCAGCAGCUUCGUCACCCCCAGCUGCCAGUAUUCCUUCGGAUCCACCUCUCCGGCCUCAAGCAAAAGAGCAGGGUUCUCAUGCAGUCGCAUUCCCCCCAGCCACUCCUGUGUCUCCCUUGGGAUUUGCCCCUUCGACUGCCCACAGUCCCACCCAGGAUACCGGGGAUUAUCACGCUCCCAUUCAAGAAGACAGUCAUCCAGCUGAAAAGACUGAGUUGGUGGUGAAACCUGAGGCCGCAGACAAAGCCAGAGAGCCAGAUUUCCCCCCCCCUUCUAACAGCAAUGCAGCCUCUAACAUCAGAGCAGCCGUUGGAGGAGAGAAAGCAACGGAUGCUCGAGCUGCGUUGCCUGAGAAGGAGUCCCCUUCGAUCCCAGGCGCCGUGGAAGAGGAGCCAUUUCUCCCACCAACAGCCUCAACCUCAGAUGCAGGUAGUGCGGAGCAGAAGUGGGACGGCCGCCAACACCGCCCCGUGACAGUGAAAAAUGGAUGCUUUGGGAACACACGUCACCCAGAGGACAGCGUUACGCUUUCGGCAUUGCCUGCUCACGCUGCUAGGAAUCAGCCAGAAGAGGAUUACUACUCAAGCGACAGCUUCUUGCUGGCUCUAGGCGGUCAGAGGGUAUCUGAGGCGAAGGACUUGCCUAGAGAACGGAAGGUCCAUAUCAUCCGGGGGGAUCGAACCCAGGACGGGCUGGAAAAUCCGGCAGUUGCAGACAGUCUGGAUGCAAAGGGGAAAAGGCUCCCGGGUGAAAAGCUGGGAGUGAGCCCCAAAGCUUCCCACAGGUCAGCAGAGGACCCGCCCCAGCUCCCCUCCACGGAUCCUUUGCCUCAUAGCCCUUCUGCCAACGGCGCACAGCUGUCCCUUAAGCGAGCGGGAACUAAGCCUUCCUCUCAGGUCCCCAACACUGCAUCUGAUCAGCAGUUUCGUCCUCCACCUUCUGACUUGGACGGUUCCUCUUCCAUUGAAACAAUGCCACCGAACCCUUUUACGGAGUUUUCAGCUGCUGGAGGCGAUGCGUACUCAGAUGACUUUAAACGUCCCAUCGAAGAGAAAAAGCCCUUGGGAGAAACAGACAGCGAGGGUGCCUUGGCAGUGGGGAGAGAGCAGACGUUGGAGACUCGGCCCUUGGCUGUUGUGGAUUAUAAGAGGAAGAACCGCAUCUUUUACAGCAACUGUUCUGAGAACGAUAUGCCUUCCAAGCCUGGUGUUCUGUCUUCAGUCCCAGAUGAAGCUGCAGAGCAAAGCAACCCAUAUUCCUGGACAUCAGAAAGAUUAUGCAUGAGCAGCAGUGACCCCAUAUUGGUGAGUGAUAGCAGCGCAGCCGGUAAUCCAACUGUAAGCACCAUUUGGGGAAGAGAGGGGAUGAACGGCGCAGGUGAUGCUUCUCUUCCACCCGGGGAUAAGAAUUGCGAAGAUGACACAUCCGUGAGGACUCACCGUCUGCAAGUGGAGAAGAAUCCAAGUAUGGAUUUGAUGGGAGCUCCUCCAGUGGUUCCUUUGGGUAGGGCCUCCUCUCACCCUUCUCCAGGGGCCUUCCGAGAUCCAACACAUGAAUGUCAACCGGAGAAUAAGGCCAGGGACCUUUCUGGGGCUUCCUGCCCAGAGGAGGAACCUGAGGCUGAAAUUGUGUGGACUGCAAACAGCCCCGUGCUGCUCUUUGUGGGUUUUGCUCUGGCAGCUGUGGCAGCUGUGGCUUUUGUGCUGUAUAAGAAGAAAUAGGCAUUGGAGUCACAGAGCAGCUGUUGACCAACUGAAAUUCAUGCCCAGCCACCUUCUUUUCCUACCCAUGCUUGAUAAGGCACUCUAGGGAAGGGAAGGGAUAGGGAGUAAUUGUUGCUUCCUUCAGAUAGCUUUUCGCCACAGAUGUGUGAUGCUCCCACACAACUUACCCUGCCUUAUCCCUUUAGUCUGCCUUUUGGUCACCAAUGACCUCUUUUGAUUGGUGACAUUGUGUCUCUGUCUGUCCAGUUGCCCCAGCAAAGCCUGUAAUCAAAGCAAAAUUCUAGAAGAAGCCCGCCGCAGCUCUCUUCCACACAGCUGGCCAGAGAAACACAGGAUCUUGACUUGGAUGGGUUUCAUUUUUAAAAAGGUCGCAUCCAGACGAAUAUGCUGCAAUUGGCCGCGCUGGCCAACAUGGACAAUUGGUCAGCUUCCUGGUCCAGCGGGUAGAUCUGUUGGACCUGGCUUAAAAAAGAAAAUAGCGUGCUUCACUUUGAGAGCGAUUACUUGAAUAUGUUGUUCUUUGAAUAGGAAAGAAGUUUAUGCUGAAUCCUUCGAAAUGAGCAUCCUGUUCUCCAGCUCCAUUUUUUCUGGAGUCAAUGUCAGCCUCUGGAGUUCAGGGCAAGGUGGGGGUUACAUACACAUUGCUUGCGUAUAUGUGUUAGCUUGUGCCAAUUUUGGUUCUGUUUUUAGAAAGUAACCCUACUGGAUGGACAGACAGACCAAGUUCCGAUUCCCUUUACGUCAUUUCUUUCCAGUGUUCUGCGGGGUUGGGAAAAACUAAAACACUGAGAACUCUUCCUGGACUUCCUUCCCAGUUCUCCCCAGUACACCUGCUCAUCAAACUGGUCUUUCACAUGCUGAUUAAAAGAAAAGUUACUGGUUGAAA